GCCUUCCGCUCUCUCAGCAAGUUUGUGUGAGCCAGCCUGAGAUAGCGUUCAUAGAAAGGCUAAAGUUUAUCCAGAGGUAUAGGUGUGAGCAAUGGUGUCCCGGUGUGAUCCAUGCAGGAUAGAGCACCUAAAUAACAAGCGAAUCACCGGCGGCGGAGCCGAACGUUAACCAGCGAUCAACAGGACGCUCGCUCCGGUCUAUCCCGACAGACAGCAGCGAGGUUUGGUUGAGCUCGGAUCCCAAACAGCUCACACACAGGUGGGACAGACAGACGGCUAUUUGAAGUUAACGAAAAGAGUCUGGCUCCGCCUCCUCUCCAUAUGAUAUGACAUCACUCUGCGGUUACCACAGAAACCAGGGCUCCACUGCAGACGGUUGACAGCCAAGCAGGUGGUGCAAUGGCUGCCCAGGUUGAGGUAGAUGCUGGGCGGCCAUGUGUGGUUGGGAGUCGUCUGCACCUUAGCCCCCUUAUAGACUCUAGCAACAAGAGCUUGAUGGAGAGUUCAGGUGGCACCCAGGGGUCACUUAUUUUUUCCUCUGAGCCUAACAAACCAGUUCCAGGCCCCAAGCCUAGACUCACUCCAAAACCUUUCACUGUGGAGAAAAACCCUACUAUACGCCCCAUUCUUGCUCCCAAACCACAGCCAAAACCAAAACCUGAAUCCAGUCAACCAGUUUCCUCCAAACCAGACCUGCCCAGCACACCUAAACCACAACCAGCCAGUAAACCCAGUCUACCAUCUGCCUAUAAAACGGGCCUGAAGCCCAGCGGACAAACAAACAAACCUGUGACACAACCCUUUAAACCAGCACCUACUGAUUCCAACAAAUUUAGAACAACCCAAACCACUGAUGUGCUGAGAAGAACAAGCUUUGGAGCCACAACAGCUCGACCCAAAACUGAUGUUCAGGCCUCCACUUCUGGUGCCGAAUGGCCUUUUGCUUCUCGGAAAAAACAACCCGGCCCUUCGAUCACUCGUGCUAAAUCAAUGGGCUUCCUUUCAGAGAUUGGACUGAAUAAUGAGGACGCUAAAGAGGAUUCUGGUGCCAAGGAUGAGUGUCCUCCCACUGUUCUUCGCUCCCAAUCUAAAGGUUCAAGACCCAGACCGGUUUCAGCUGUGUUCCUACAAAACCCUGCUAAGUCUGAGCCUCAGGUUGUAACCCCUACACCUGCUCCUCGUUGGGCAAAAGGACGACCACUUUCAUCUGACCUUACCUCAAAGUUUGAGUCAAUUGGGCUGUCUCUAAACCGGCGACCUGCCAGGGAGGACGGCAAAGAAAACACUCCUGAAAAGCCAAAGAGUGUUGGAGCUGUGACUCAAGAGAAAGAACAAGGUGCUGAAAAGGUAGAAGGGCCAAAUAAGCCCUCUGUGCUUGAGAAAAGGACUCAAAAGGUUGAAUCGAAAGAGGAGGACUCCAAGACAGACUCUAAACCUGAGGAUACAGGAGGUAGCAGUAUAAAAAGACGCAUCAGCCUGCUCAUGGACUCUUCCUCGUCCUUCUCAGUGGCGCGUGGGGAUACUCCAGGGACUGAGCCUCGCUCACCUGUCUCUGAUACUGACGGAGCAGUGGGGGUGAAACAGCGAAUCAAAGAACUGUCUGAAGAAGUGCCUACUACGCUGUCACCACCCCAGAAGCCACAGUAUAAGCCACGUACCCUAAUAUCUGACCGCACUAAAAGAUUUGAGGCAGAGCUUGAAAGCCAUAGUUCCCAUGAGCCCAAAGGCCCCCACCAGGUUGAAGAAGACCUUAGCAAAAAGUUUGAUUACUCCACGACUGAAGGACAGUUCACCAAACAGGAGGACAGGAAUGCAUCAUCACUUGGAGUGCAAGACUUGCCUAUCAGCAAUAGGGACGGAGUGCAAACAGUACGAGCGUCUAUGUUUGAGCAUGUGGUGGAGAGGCAUAAUGUUCAAGUGAUGGAGGAUAACAUUUCACAAGAACCAAGAGCACAGCAGGAAAGCACAAUUAAGCCCAUGCCCAGGCGAAACCACUCUUUGCGUAUUCUAGAUAACUCCUUUAAAGCUCCUGAAGAUGAUGAUUCUGUUAGUUUGGUCAAAGCAACCUAUAGAGAACAAGUUUCUCCUUCCAGCCCUGUACGUGUGGAGCAUGUCUUUGACACUGUGUCUUUGUUCGGAGAGAACCGUGCUGUUAGUGAGGUUUUGCCACCCGCUUCCCUUGAGGACAAAGCUCAUACACUGCGUUCUCGGCGAUCAGCUCCUCACGGUAAAGAGGACAGACCUACCCAUGAGAUAAGUAACAUGCUAACGGAUGAAGCAACCACUCCACGUUACCUCAGAGUGGGGGCCUUGCAGAAAUGGACUAUCACAGAGGCAGGCAGAGAGAUUGAAUCUCAGAUGGAGCAACAGAAAGAGAUAUUGAGAAAUAUGGAAGAAGAGAUACAGAGGCAGAUGCAAUUGCACAUGACUGCAGCAGCAGCAUUGGAGGAAGAGGACAGUGAGAGCGAAGCAGAAUGGAAGAAACAGUCAGAAGCACAAAGAGACAGGGAGAGGGAACGAGAAGAAGUUGCAGCACCCAAACGGCCUAAGAUGCUAGAAGCCGAAGAACAAAUGAACAAACCUAGAGCCACUUACUUUGCUCUGACUGGUCAGAUUCAAGAGCCUGUGCAUCAAGGUGAGAGAGUGGAUGAGGAAGCAAUCUUUGGGAGAGUUAAACGAGGUAUGGUGGGUGGAGAGGACAGAGGGAUGAAGGAGGUUCCAUUUGAUGAUUUCACUGUUAGAGCAGCGCAGUGGGGCCCUCAGAAUCCACCUGCUCCAUUUAGAAGAAAUCCUUCAUUGGAUGCUGCAAUGCAUAGAGAUUUGCAAGAGGAACUGCAAAAAAAUGACACUGGACCAAGAACAGAUCACAGAUUACAAGAAAGGGAACGGCAAAAGGCAGUCAGGGAGGAGAUGGAAAUAGAGAGACAAAGACUAGCAGAGUUUGAUAAGAAGAUGGAAUUGGAAAGGCAGCGAGAAUUAAAGAAACAGAGAGAUUUGGAGAUUGAGAAACAAAAAAUUGAAAGGGAGAAAAGGAGAGAUGCUGAGAUACAGAAAGAAAAAGAGAGACAAGAGUUGGAAAGACAGAGGGAGUUGGAGAGACAAAGGGAAAUGGAACGACAGAAGCGAGAAAAGGAGCGACAGAAACAAAUUGAAUAUGAGCGAAUGAAGGCUGCAGAAAGAGAACUAGAACAGCAGAGAGAGUUUGAGAGGCAACGACAAAAAGAGUUUGAGCGAGAGAAAGAGAGAAUGCUUGACCAAGAGAGGCUUAGGCUCAGAGAAUUUGAAAAACAGAAGGAGAUGGAGAGAGAAAGAGAGAGACAGCUGGAGUUGGAGAGACAAAGGGAAAUUGAAAGACGAAAGCAGAGAGAACUUGAAAAACAAAGAGAAAAGGAGAGGCUAAAGGAAUUAGAAAGACAGCGAGAAGUGGAGAGGCAACGAGAGUUGGAGAAAGAGAGGGAAAGACAGAGACAGUUGGAAAGGCAGAGAGAAUUGGACAGGCAAAGGGAACUUGAGAGGCAACAAGAGUUGGAGAGACAACAGGAAAUUGAAAGACAGAGGGAGAAUGAAAGGCAGAAAGAACUGGAAAGACAGAAGCAGAGAGAGCUGGAGAUUGAGAGAUGGAAGCGACAGAAAGCAGAGGAGAGAGAGGUCAAGAAAGAGCUGGAAGAACUCGAAAGGAUCAAGGAGAUUGAGAGACGACAGCUUCUUGAUUUUGAGUCGCAGAGACAGCGGGAAAGGCAAGAGCAAGUGAAACAGAGAUCGAAAAAAGAACGAGAAGAGAGACAACAUCAGCAAGGAGCAGAACGACAUCGGAUGGAGACCGAGCCAGAGAAGUCUCUACCUACAUCUCCACUUCGGCCCAAAGUUCUAGAUCUGGAUGCGGUGUCUCUUGGUUUGAAGACUGGUCGAGACAGCCGUGACAAUAGCCCCACAGCCCGAUGGAAGCAGCCCUCACUUCGUCCUGAUGAGCUUUACAAACCUGGCAUCUUAGACAUUGAUUCAUUCAGGAGUCAAACCCAACCUGAUGCCUUUCCUUUAACCGGAUUAGGAGGUUUAGAGUCAGGAGGUGUUGGUUCAGUGAUUCAUGCUCGUCCACAGGCCACACAACCAAAUGUUCUCCAACCCCAAACAACAUCUCAAGUUCAGUCUCCUUCUCAGUCCCAGUUUUACCCUCAGUCCCAGGCUUACUUCCAGCCCACCCCAACAGAACGUAUGAGAACUCAACUCCCGCCACCUCUGCAACCUCAAAUUCUGCAUCAAUCCCAACCUCAUUCACUGCCAUUUGCUACAGAAAGAUCUAGGCCACAAACCCACUCGUUGACUGAGACUUCAGAUUGGCCCUUUCCCAUUUCAUCUUUGCCCCAUUCGCAAACUAAUGCUUGGGGACAUACUCAAACAGAGUUGGCUGUAGAUGAGCCCCUUUGGGUAUCCUCCAUGGAAGGAUCCAGAAGGCCAAUUAGCACCAGACCUGGUGGCCUUGAUCAGCAACUCUUCCGUCAUGAGGAUAGAGGUUUAAGUAACAUUUUGACACCCAGUUCAACCUCUUCCAUGAGUCCCAUCUUUGCUCCUGUACAGCAUCCCACAGUCGCACCACCCAUGGUUCCAAUUCAAACUUCUGUGCCGACUGCACAACCAGGUUUUGGACAAAUUCAAACUCAUGUGCCGACUGCACAACCAGGUUUUGGACCAAUUCAAACUCCUGCACCAACUGCGCAACUAGGUUUUGGACCCAUUCAAACUUCUGUGCCGACUGCACAACCAGGUUUUGGACCAAUUCAAACUCCUGCGCUGACUGCGCAACCAGGUUUUGGGCCAAUUCAAACUCCUGCGCCAACUGCGCAACCGAGUUUUGGACCAAUUCAAACACCUGCGUUGACUGCGCAACCAACCUCUGUAGCUUCUAUACUGACCCCGGAGAGAUCCUGGACCUCAGCACCUUUGAAUGUGGGGUCAAGUGGAGGUUUGGUUCCUUCUCUCACAACACCAUUAGCUAAGAAAGAGACUUCAGUGCCCCCUAGUCAGAUUGCAACCACCUCUGUCACCGAUCCUAUAUGGACUCCAAAUUGGGAGCUGGCAUCCCAGGGACAGAGAGAGAACCGUACCUCACACAGGGACAAAGUACAGCAGAAACGUUCAAGGAGUAUGUGUCGAAGAUCUACCCCCACGGAAAGCUCUGCUGAUGGCCCGUCUACCCAUGUGAGAACUCGCAGAAGUCGCAGUGCACACAAAGAAAGAAGUGGAGAGAGCUCGGAGCUGGUAAAGCAGUGUGUUGGUGGACCGGGGGGAGAACAAAGACACGGACAAUCUGGUGCAGGAGACCGACAGUCAGUACGGCACAUGGGAGACUGGACUUCGCACAGAUGACAGCCUCACUCCAGCUACACCAUCUUCUGAUGACAACCUCACCCCGUCUCCACGGAAGCCCACCCCACCCCACACGACCGAACAACCACUUCUCAUCGACACAACAGAUGGCUCGACCACGUCUCCUCAAAAGCAGAC